AUGGACGACACUUGGAAUUUUGAAAAAGACAAUAACGGCCAACCUGCCGAUUAUGAUGACAACACUUUUCAGGACGGAUCACACUCCAACAACAAUCAUCACGAUCAUCAAACACACUCACAUCAUGAUGAAUCUGUUCCGAAUCGAUAUUCACAACCCAACUAUGAAGAUGCUUUUGAAGUUGAAAACGAAGAUGAUGAUGCUGUAGCACAGGAAAUGAUCAAACAUCUCGUGAGUAGCAGCAAUAAUCAUGAACAAGCCGAAGAUGAUGGUGAAGAUCACUACACAACACCCUCCUUUCAAGAGCCUAGUGUCGUAUUGCAUGAUCAUUUGGAGGCACAACAACAACAACAGCAUAAUUUUGACGAAACAGCCCAUUCAAUCAUUCUCGGGACGACCAACAAUAGCCUCAUCUCAUCACUAAAUCCAUCCACAAUAACUUCUACUACACCCUCUUCCGAUCAUCACCAUCAUGAUGACUCUUCACUACUAUUGACUACCUCUCAAACCAUGACUUCCAAAUCCAAUUCAACUGCUAUCAUGCUCAACUCAACAACGGAUGCCAUGAAAACUGUUCCAACCCCUACCAACACUCAUAUUUUGUCUCCUUCCUUAAGUACCUCACACGUUCCAAAGUCAUCAUCAAUACCCUCAAGAAGUUCAGCAGCAAUGAUCAGUAGAGGAACAGAAUUCUUAAUGAUGGAAGAUCAUCAUGCCUCAGGCACCACUUUUCUUCCACCACCAUUGGGAGUUCCUGUUUUGAAUGCUACUGGCAACACUUCCAUCACCUCGCCACUUUUAGGCGCUGGGAAAAUGAAUUCAUCCUCAACACAACUCCACAAUUCUCAAGUUUUUUCACAUACUACUCCUCAACAACAACACUUCUCAACAGAUGUUUCUUCACUCACUCCAAUACAACCAUCCACUUCACAAGCCUCUAUUCCAGCAUCUCCCAAAAAAGUUAGAACUAUUCAAUCAAAAGAAAACGACAAAAGUUCAACAAGAUCCAACAAUGAAGCAACCGAGGAUAAUAACUCUAAUUUGGAAGUCCUUUCAACAACAGCUACAUCUACGACACACGUUUUUUCACCUGCUUACAUGCACUCAAAUCUCAUGCAUUCGUUUUAUAUGGGAGACAUGAUGUAUCAUCCAGAUAUGCAACAUUGGGUGUAUCCAUAUGGAUACCCUACACAGACAAGUUUUUGGAAUUAUGGAUUUCAAUCGUACCCACACGGGACAAUGCAGCCCCCAAAUGGAGAACAUCACUUGAUGGGCAGCGAGGAACACGAAGAAAUGCUUUCCAGUCAUCCUGAGAUGAAUCACGAACAUGAAGCUCAGCAACAACAUUUAGCUCAACAAACGCAACAAUUUUCUGCAGAUGCUUCCAAUUCAGCAGGUGAAGGAACCAUUUAUGUGAAUCCUAAACAAUACCAACGUAUUUUAAAAAGAAGAAUUGCAAGAGCAAAGUUAGAAAAUCAAAUGAAGAAUGCUGGACAGAAAGAAAAGGCCUCAUACAAGUACAACUCGAGACAUGAAUGGGCAAAAAAGAGAGCAAGAGGACCAGGUGGUCGCUUUUUGUCAAAGAAAGAGAAGGAAAAGCUUGAGCAAGCUGAGAAGGAAAAGAAUGAUGCCUCAACAACAGAAAAUUUCGCAAGUAUUGAGGGUUCCUUUGAUACCUCUUCCAAGCCAUCUCGAUCGAGCAAGAAAAAGAGAGAAACUGCUCCUUUGAAUUCAUCAAUUGUUCCUCCCCCAAUGUUCACUGCACCGAACAUGAUCCCUUUGGUAGGUCCACCCCAACAUAUCGCGUAUCCCAAAACCCUCCCAACAAUGAUGGAAGAUAUCAAUUUGCCUUCCGCCUCUUCCCAUCGACAAUAA